GUUAACGACUUUUCUGUGUGACAGCACAUUUAACUGUCAAAAACUGUCAGACCUCUACAACUGGCAGUUUUAGUCGAAAAUAUGAAUCUUUUAUCAGAUGGUGAAUUAGUAGCUGCAGUGAACGAACUGGAGCGUAAAGUCGCUCACUUGAAGGUUGAAAAUGGGGUUUUUUACCGCUUUUUGGAAAAAAACGACCCGCAGGCCAUCCAAGAACUUGAAGGCCGAGCUGCCCGUUCGUUUGAAACCCUUCCAAAAUCGUCAAUGAUGAGUGGAAGAAAAUCGGUCACGAUUUCCGCACCCAUGGCAAAAGGGCCGUCAAUUGUAACAAUAAGUACUUUAAAAUCCCUGAGUUCUGGAACAUUUAGUAGCAAACGAUUUUCGAAAUUAAUUCAAGACAGGUCGUCAAUGUUCACAUCCCACGCGAGCGAAUUUACCGAACCCAAGCCCCUGGAAAAAAUAACUUUGGCUUUAAAGAGUGAUUUGGUUCUGCGUGACUUGGAAGAGCACGAACAAGCGGCCGAACGAGCGAAAAGAAAGACCCAUGUCACAAGGAACAAAUUGGUUGCGAAAAUGGAGGAGUUCAAGUGUCGGAAAGAGGACGUGGAGAAGUCAAUUGAGGAGUUUGCCGCGUUCAGGGAGACUUACCAGCCAAUGCCUUUGAACCGCUUUACGAGGUUCAUGGACGAAUGGUCGAAAAAAUCACGCUUGGUCAGUGAUAAGUACAGGCUGAGGUUCAGUUCCCUGCGAAUACAAAACCAAAAACUGACGCAUCUCCUCACUUACAAGCGACAAGUCGGUGAGAAUUUGCAAGAAAUCGAUUUUGAAAAUCUCGAAUAUGCCAAUGUUGGUUUAACGAAGAAGAUUGAGCAGAAGCAGGUUUUGCUCAUCGAACUGAAGAAAAUGACAGGGGCUGGAAAUUUGAAACUGAGUCAGCUGAGAGGAACGCUUCUGGACAAGAUAAAUGAAAAGGAAAAAAUCACACAGACAAUUAAAGAUUACGAGAAUGCGAUAAUUAAGUCGGAUAACGAGAUUACUAAGCUGUAUGGAGAGUUGGAACGGGUUAAAGAUAAGUAUUACAGUACGAAGGACAAAUUUCAUGGUUAUGAAGCCCCCGAUGUUUUGGAAUAUAUUAAAUUGAACGAUGCUCUACGGCGAACGAAGAAAGAAAUUCGUGUUUGGGAAAGACGUAAAGUAAUAAGAGAGCGUAGUUUAAUGAUCGAGAUUGAAAAAAUGCAGCUAAAGCUACAAACCCAAACGGUGCACUCCUGUUGGUUUGACUAGUUUUUAUUACGUUAUGUGUAUAUUUAUAAAAUAAAGUUUUUUGAUUUACUGUAAA